CGGAACCCGCGGACGGGUUUGGUGGCCGGCGGCCGCUUCUUCGCCUUGCCGGGGAGAUGUCCUUUGCUUCCCAGAUGUAAUGCACCUUAAAUUUACUCAAGAGUGAAAAUGAAUCAUACAGAGGUUAAAUUGAAAAUACCUUUUGGAAAUAAAUCACUGGAUGCUGUUUGCUUGGUACCUAACAAAAGCUUAGCAUAUGGAGUAAUUCUUACACAUGGAGCGUCAGGAGAUAUGAAUCUUCCUCAUUUGAUGUCACUGGCAUCUCAUCUUGCAACUCAUGGAUUUUUUUGCCUGAGAUUUACCUGUAAAGGCCUUAAUAUUGUACAUAGAAUUAAAGCAUAUAAAGCCGUUUUGAAUUACCUAAAGACCUCAGGAGAAUACAAACUUGCAGGUGUUUUCCUGGGAGGUCGUUCUAUGGGCUCAAGAGCAGCUGCCUCUGUAAUGUGUCAUAUUGAGCCAGAAGAUGGUAAUGAUUUUGUUAGAGGCCUCAUUUGUAUUUCUUACCCACUGCACCAUCCAAAGCAGCAGCAAAAGCUCAGAGAUGAAGAUCUCUUUCGUUUAAAAGAUCCUGUACUUUUUGUGUCAGGCUCAGCAGAUGAAAUGUGUGAAAAGAAUUUGUUGGAGAAAGUGGCACAGAAAAUGAAAGCUCCCAAUAAAAUCCACUGGAUUGAGAAGGCAAACCAUUCCAUGGCGGUGAAAGGACGGUCAACAAAUGAUGUUUUCAGAGAAAUAAAUACACAGAUUUUGUUUUGGAUCCAAGAAAUCACUGGAAUGGACAGGAAAUAAUUGUCCUUAGCUAAAAGCUGUGUUAUUUUGAGUACAGAUAUUGUUCUUUAUCAAAGAACAGUAUACCUCUCAGCAUUAUGGUGAGACAUAUUUCAGACUAUUGUUGUUCAAUGUUGCCCUAUUUUUGAAACACAUUUUAAUUGUGAAAUAUCCUUUACAAAAUGUCUUUUGAAAGCACUGUUAUAGUUGUAUGAAGAUGAUGUACAAUAUUGAAGGUGGUCUAAAUAUAAUUUAUUUUCUUUAGUAUAGUUAAGUUUUGGAAAAAAAAUUAAACAUUUGAAUUUUGUUACAA